AUGACCAUCAACAAGCUCUGUCGGUCCUGCCGCAGCGCUCGCACGCAGUGCGACAUGAUCGCUCCGGACGGCGCGGUGCGCACUUGCUCGCGUUGCAAACGCCUCGGCAUCCAGUGCGUUCCCGAGCAGGACCAUCGGAAAACCGUCAAGGCAAGCACCGUCUUCAAGAAUGGCUUCAAGAUGCGACUUCGGGGGGAGGAGCCAGGGCUGUCGGAGAAGGAGCUGACCCGGCGCGCGCAACAGGCCUGGCUGUUCUCCGACUCGAACCCCAAGAAGGCCGCCAACGAGGCCGCCACCCUCAAGGCUGCCACCAAGCCCCUCUUCCUGCCCGGGCCCCUAUCUGCCCUUGCCUCGAGCAGCUGCGUGCCGGCGGCAG